CGGCCGGCCGGCACUUCGCUCAGUUCUCCACUGUGCUCCGAGUGAACCGGAGCUUUCGCCUUGCAGACACCUUCUGGAGGGACCCUCGAUUUUCUCGCCGGAGUUUUUCGAGCGGAUUUCAUCGAUCGGAUAAACGCAUCGCGAUCGUAGUUCUGCGGGACGCGGCCUCGCUGUAAUCGCGGCCCGACUGGCGAACGAUCGAACAGCAAACGGACCGGACCGAACUGAAACAGAGGAAGCUAUGCACCUGGAGGAAAAUUCGCCGACACCCGCCGUCUAGAUCCGACAAUCUACCUUCGUUCGAGGAGACCGAUCUGCCAACGGAGAAAUCGCCAUGGCCACGAUGACCAGCAGGAAAUCGGUCCCUGCUCUCUACCGAUGCCUCAUCCUGGCGGGAGCGAUCUGCUGCUCGUCCUGCCAGAGCGUCACCUCCGGAGCCGACAACAAGCCUGGCCAGAACGAGAGCAAACCUCGCGUCUUCUCCCCUCGAAUGGACUACGACGAGUGGACUCCGUUGGGCCGCGGUGACCCCUUGAAGAACAACCCGACUUUCGACUACGUUCCCCCGGUGCUGGACAGAGUGCAAUACUGGCUGGACUCUCAUACGACGGAAUCGUCGUUGAAGCGGGACGUGCUGGUUCUCGGUGUGACGGCGAAGAAGACCAGCCCGAAGAUACCGGAGCAGUUCCUCAAGUUCGUGGACGGUCCGAAGUUCACGAAGACGGCGAGCCAGGAAACGGCUCCGUAUCGGAACGACUUCACCGGAAGCGGAGGAGCCGAGCCGCCGAAGUUGCUGAGAACGACGAGCUUCCGGAACGGGCCGACGAUGGACUACAGAAACCAGAACCGGAUCCAAUCGAUGCCCGCCAGCUAUUAUCCCAGCCCGUUCUACGGGCACAAGUCGAAGCCGUACACGAUGAUGUUGCCGCCACCGUUGCUGCAGAAGGACAAGAUCGUGAGCUUCGUGGAGCCGACGCAGCAGUUCAGCACGCAGACGGAGGAGGGACCGGUGCUCCGGGAGCCCUCGCAGUUCUACGUGCCUUCGAAGGGCUACAACGGCCAUCCUCCUCCUCCUCCGACCAAAUCCCAGUCCCAGUCCCAGUCCCAGUCCCAACCGCAGUCCCAGAGCUUCAAAUCGGUCGGCAAAGGAGGCCACGUCGUGGUGUCGCAGGUGGAGACGAUCAAGAGCUUGCAGCAGGCGUCGUCCACUCCUCAGCCGCAAAAGUCACGGCCGGAGUCCGUGACGGCACCCUCGGUGUCCUUCGAGAAGUCCAACCUGAUCUACCAAUCCACGCAAACCGUCUCCAGCGGCUGGCCCAACAGCGCCAUCGUCCAGUCGACGCCCAGCACCGCGUCGGAUCAGCCUCUCUGGCAGGGCCACGACUACAACCGCGAUCGCUACGAGCUGGACCAUCAUGUGGCAGCGUCCUCGAACCAUCAUGAGGUGGUGGUAGAUCAACAGAACGCCAACAUAAUCGUCGACGGGGACAGCGGCGAGAACGAGGAGGUGAUCGUGGGACAGAAGGAGGCGGUCCCGUCGCUGCCGGCUCCCUUGGCGGCCGAUUUCGCUUCGAGCGGCGAUCAGACGCACGCGGAGACCGAGGAGAAGAUGCACAUAGUCCUCGCGAACGCCUCCGGCAGCUCGGAGAUCGACAAGGCCCCCGUGGCGGUGGUGAUGCCGACCAACUACUCGGAGAAGAAGCCUAGCUUCCCGACUUUCCCUGAGACCGGCUCUCCCGAAGCCUCGCCGACCGCGGAACCGGAAGCGGCGAGCAAUCGCCGGCCGGAACCAUCCAGAAACGCUGCGGCUGGAUCUCCGAUGAUGUCCGAGGAGUCUGUUCAACAUCAGUCCGUGCAGUUCCCCGGGAUGAUGCCCAACAGGAUGAUGCAGCCUCACAGGCAGCCUUAUCCCGAACCUGGUCCACUUUCUGGCCCAUUUUCCGGAGCGGUCCUUGGACCGGUUGCUCGGCCGCAGUCGGGCUCGAUGCACGCGUUCGCAUUUCCGCAGGCGCCUCUUCAGUCCAUGAUGCACCCUCAACCCAGGCCCAACCACGCGAUGAUGCAGUUCCUGGGCAGCAUGCGACCCGGCGUCGGGUUCAGAGUGCCGAGUCCAAUGGGGAUGUUCCCGCCCAUGACGCACAUCCACGCGCCUCCCGUCAAGAGCCACCACCCCAUGGAGCCCCAUCAGCAAGAGUUCUCGAUGACGUUCACAGAGUCCCCGGUGGCCUCUUCCUUGAGCGGACAGCUCGUUGAAUUAGGAAUGGAGGAGGACCGGCAUAGAUCCCGCUUGCCGGACACCACCGCCCCGAUCGCCACCACGCCGAGUCCUCUUCCGCCUACGAUCUCCAGCAUGGAGCACAGCUCCACGCAAAACUCUCCGCUGGGCUCUAUUCUGACUAAGGAGAAGGAAGAGGAGACUCCGCCGGCGACGCCUUCGCCGCAGCAAGUGACCACCGUUCAGAGCCUGACCACGGACCCGAUAUUCUCGCACUACAAGCAGCCGGCGAAGCCCAUACGCGGGCCCAUGUACCUCAUUAUCCAGGGUCACUCCAAGGUCAAGACCUACAAGCCCACGGUGACCAAGCACGGCCUGCCGCUGGCCAAGAGCGAGACCAAGGAGACGGUUACGGAGAGGCAGUUGUCCAAGUUCGAGCAGUUCAUCAAGGAGAACACGAAGAGCGGAAACGCGAGCGCGGCCGCCGCGGAGAAGAAGAAGGCCGAGGAGAAGGCCAGGGCUGAGAAAAUCGCGCAAGCUCGCCAGAACAGUCUGAUGAGCCUCGUCGAGAGCGGAUUGGGCAGCUUCGCGGUGUCGCCCUCGCCGUCCUCGCCGUCCUCGUCCUCGUCUUCGUCGCCUUCGUCGUCGGCCACGCUGCCCGGCGAAGAGGAGUACCAGCCGAAUUCCGUGACCACCAUCGAGAUCAAUGGGAACUAGGAUGCUCCUGGAUCGUUCUCUCCUCCAGUCUUCUUCAGCGUCUUCGAAGAGAUCCCGAGGAUCGGAGCGGGGGAGGAGGACGAUUCCGAAAGAGAGAAAGCGCGAGUCUGACACGCUCGAAGCUCGGGAAAACGCCGACGGGAUCGCACUCCGGCGUCUCUCUCUGUCGUCUCUCGGUCGGCGAAUCUACGAUUUUGUCCGUUCGUUCGGUAUCUAUUAUUACGUUUUUUCUACCGAUAUUUAUUCUAUUAUGAUACACCGUGUGAUCACCCGAGUAGAGGCUGAACGCGCGGCAGGCUCGCGGACGGCUCGCGGGCGGCUCUCGCGUCCGACGCUCCUGCCACGGUCUCUCAUUGUCCGUGAGAGAGGCGCGCCAUUUUCUAAUGUGCCAGUAUACACGAGACAUUAACACACACCACGAUACACGUAAUUAUACACUGCCGGUCCUUGUUUCACGCGGGGGCCAAACUUUUGCCGCGCGCGUAGUCCAAGAUCCGCGACGCACCGGUCAUUUUAAAUCGCUUAUUGCGUGAGAUCCGCUUCGGGGAUUUUUAUUAAAAUCGAGUACGACGCGGCACCAGCGAAAUUAGGGGGGGUUCGAGGAUUUCGCCAACUUCGCAUUUGUGUGUAAAAUACGCAGCAAACUCGCGAAACGAGCGUGACCAAGAACAUGGUAUUCCGUCGUAUCUGGACAUUUAUUUUCUCGGAAAUUACACGAGACAUCGACGCGCGAUUCUCGUCGCGUCGGAAUCGGCAAAGUAUAUUGAAGAGCUUGUAAAAUAUUCGACUGGUAGGCGCGGAACACGGGCCGGUAAUUAAAACACACACACCACACCACACCACACACACAAAGAAAGCGUACGAGUUAGCGACGAUGAAGAUUGCUCAGCGGAUUCGGACGGGUCGCUCAUGCCGCGGCCCUACGUCGAAGCGGAACGUUGCGUCGGGGAGAACGAGCUUCGAAAUCUAUUUAUCGUAGACGAAAGUUUAAUUUAUUGUGUUCUGGUAUGCACGCGGACGCGAUCGACGGGACCGAGGCCUCGCGAUGCUCGACGAUCGACGACCGAAACGCUCGAUCGCUUCGCGCGUAUGGUAUUAUUCACGCUAGUCUUACGUCCGCCGAUUACCGCACGUGUCUCGCGACACGCACCGUCCUUUCCGAGCCCGUAAAAAUUUUCUUAGCGAUUUUGUUGCUCCGUCGCUGUCACUGUGCGACAGCGUGACAGAGGAGGACUGUCACAAAGGUUUGCAUUCGACGUUGACGCGCCGAAUCCAUCGACGAGCGACCGCUUCGUUUCGUUGAAAUUCUAAAGACUCUUUCAUAGGAAACGAUCGAACGCAAUCCGUAAUUACAGCUUGUAAUAAACGUAGCGAGAUGUCUGAAUAAAUUCCGUCUUGUAAUUCCUGCGAAGCAGCACGCGGCGAACAACUUCGGCGCUCGGUAGGUUUAGCGUUAAGCUCGGGAAGAGAUCGGUCGGAGCGAAGUUCCAGAGACGAGAAGCCGGCUAGCAGAGCGCCAGGAGCGAUCAUCCUAAUUCCUGAAACAAAGAGAAAAAAAGAUAAAUGAAAGUCGACAGUAAAAUCGAAGUAGAAUCGCGAGCAUCGGCGAGCAUUCUGAGCGACGCGCUUCCUUCUAGCCGACUCGUCGUCUCUCUGCACAGUGUUUGCUCCGCGUCGAGAGAAAGUAUCCCGCGAAUCGAUCGCUCCGGUUCGUCGUUCGUCGAUCGUCGAUCAUCGACGUCAAAUCGCGAAAGCCGAGAUCGCGAGCGUCGCGACGCGCGCACGGAAGCUGUACGACGAUGAUUGUACGCGACGGUCGCACGUGUCUCUUGGGUCUCCGUUUGUCAAUAAAAUUUUGUCGCAACAGCACACACGUACACCUGUAAAAACGAGCAGUCUAUUUGAAAAAAACAACGAUCGUUUUACAGCAUCGUUCCUGUCAACCGAUUCCAGGCGUCGCGAGCGAGACGCGCUCGCUGCGCCGUCGGAAACAAGCAGCGACGAAUAAACGGCGAUCGAUUACACGCCCACCCGGCGAAAUUUAUCGCUGGAACAGCUCCUCGGGAGCGUCCGCGGGAUUAAAGCUGCCGAAACGGUACUUUGUUUCGAUUUAUCGGCGCUAAUGAUCCUUAAUUUUCGUCCUCGACUCUGGAUCACCUUCGUGUUUCUUGCGCGCCGACGGUCACGGCCGCGGCCGUACCCCCGUAUUUUCUUCCGUUCGCCGAUCGACAAGAACGAAUAAUUACUAUUUCGUUGCUGCGAUCGAGUAACGCGAGAGAGAGAGUCCGGCCCGCUCGGGCCCGAUCGAUCGCAAGAUCGAUAGCCGAAAACAGGAACCACGAGAAAAGGACCGAAAGGAACGAGACCCUGGAGCGGAGGAGCCUCGAAUAAAAAUCUGUUGCGGGUUCCUUCCGACGAACGGCGAAUCUCCUUGGAGAGAUUCGAUGCUUCUCCGAAGUAUUAGGAACGAUUUGUCCGACGAAUCGAUGCCCGUCCAAGACCCAUUCUUUCGGAACGAUCUAUGUAUUCGACACGCUCGAUCUGCUUGUAAAAAGCGAACAAUUUGUGCAGCCUUUUCGAACGAUUUUUCUAUAAAACGCUUCCGAACA